AUGGCUUUCCAGAAUGUGUCUCAGAUGCUGCCACAGUACGGGAAAGACUUUGUGGAAAAAGUUAGUGAAGGAUUUUCACUGAAAAAGGCCUGGAGACAAGCUCUCCAAGUGGAACAUCAGUACUCUCACAAGCUCACCGUGGGGGUACUCCGUGCCACCAAAGUGACCAAGGGCGCCUUCGGUGACAUGCUUGACACUCCAGACCCAUAUGUGGAGCUUUUUGUACCCACCACCCCGGACAGCCGGAAGCGAACCCGACAUCUCAACAAUGACGUGGACCCCGUGUGGAACGAGACCUUCGAGUUCAUUCUGGACCCAGAUCAGGACAAUGUGUUGGAGAUCACACUCAUGGAUGCCAACUAUGUUAUGGAUGAAACUCUGGGGACAACCACCUUCUUCAUCUCCUCUUUGAAGGUGGGGGAGAAGAAGGAGGUGCCUUUCAUUUUCAACCAGGUCACUGAAAUGAUUCUGGAAAUGUCUCUUGAAGUUUGCUCUUCCCCGGACCUCCGCUUCAGCAUGGCACUGUGCGACCAGGAGAAAAACUUCCGCCAGCAGAGGAGGGAGCACGUCAGGGAGAGCAUGAAGAGGCUCCUGGGUCCAGGUGACUCCGAAGACCUGAAUUCUGCUCGUGAUGUGCCUGUGGUGGCCAUCCUAGGCUCCGGGGGAGGUUUCCGAGCCAUGGUGGGCUUCUCUGGUGUGAUGAAGGCACUCUACGAAUCCGGGAUUCUGGACUGCGCGACCUAUGUUGCUGGUCUCUCCGGUUCCACCUGGUAUAUGUCAACUUUAUAUUCUCACCCCAAUUUUCCAGAGAAAGGACCAAAGGAAAUUAAUGAAGAGCUCAUGAAAAAUGUCAGCUACAACCCACUUUUACUUCUCACGCCCCAAAAGGUGAAAAGAUACGUCGAGUCUUUGUGGAAGAAGAAAAGUUCUGGCCAACCUGUGACAUUCACUGACUUCUUUGGGAUGCUAAUUGGAGAAACUCUCAUCCACAAUAGAAUGAACUUGACUUUGAGUAAUUUAAAAGACAAAGUUGAUACUGCCCAGUGCCCUUUGCCUCUCUUCACCUGUCUCCAUGUCAAACCUGAUGUGUCAGAACUGAUGUUUGCAGAUUGGGUUGAAUUUAGCCCCUAUGAGAUUGGCAUGGCUAAAUACGGCACGUUCAUGACCCCCGACUUAUUUGGAAGCAAAUUUUUUAUGGGGAAAGUUGUGAAGAAAUAUGAAGAAAACCCCUUGCAUUUCUUAAUGGGCGUUUGGGGAAGUGCCUUUUCUAUCUUGUUCAACAGAGUUUUGGGAGUUUCUGGCUCGCAAAACAAAGGUUCCACGAUGGAGGAAGAAUUAGAAAAUAUCACGGCCAAGCACAUCGUCAGUAAUGACAGCUCUGAUAGUGAUGAUGAGUCACAGGGGCCAAAAGGCACCGAAAAUGAAGAUGCUGAAAGGGUAUAUCAAAAUGAUACUCAAGCCAGUUGGGUUCACCGGAUGAUCAUGAGGUUGGUGAGCGACUCGUCACUGUUCAACACCAGGGAAGGCCGUGCGGGAAAGGUGCACAAUUUUAUGCUGGGCCUGAACCUCAACACCUCGUACCCACUGUCACCCCUGAGAGACUUCACCACCCAGGAGUCCAUGGACGAGGAUGAACUGGACACAGCCGUGGCAGACCCUGACGAAUUUGAGCAGAUCUACGAGCCUCUGGAUGUGAAAAGUAAGAAGAUCCACGUGGUGGACAGCGGCCUCACGUUCAACCUGCCCUACCCCUUGAUCCUGCGGCCUCAGCGUGGCGUGGAUCUCAUCAUUUCCUUCGACUUCUCAGCCAGGCCCAGUGACUCCAGCCCUCCAUUCAAGGAACUUCUCCUUGCAGAAAAGUGGGCUAAAAUGAACAAGCUUCCCUUUCCAAAGAUCGACCCUAAUGUGUUUGAUCGGGAAGGGCUGAAGGAGUGCUAUGUCUUCAAACCUAAGAACUGCGACAUGGACACAGACUGCCCCACCAUCAUCCACUUUGUUCUAGCCAACAUCAACUUCAGGAAGUACAAAGCUCCAGGUGUUCCCAGAGAAACCCAGGAAGAGAAAGAAAUAGCAGAUUUUGAUAUUUUCGAUGACCUGGAAUCUCCAUUUUCAACUUUCAACUUCCAGUAUCCAAAUCAGGCUUUCAAAAGACUACAUGAUCUGAUGCACUUCAAUACCCUCAACAACAUUGAUGUGAUCCGGAGUGCUAUCGCUGAAAGCAUCGCGUACAGAAGGCAGAACCCCUCUCGGUACUCUGUCUCCCUCAGCAGUGUGGAGGCUGGAAGGUUCUUCAACAAGGAGCCUCUGAGCAAACCCUCCGCAUAGUCGAC